AUGACCACCAGCGUCUUAGCUGCGAACCCUGCGAACCCUGCGAAACCUGCGAAACCUGCGAAACCUGCAAAACCUGCAAAACCUGCGCCCCCAGCCGAUCCAUGCGUCACAAUCAGGGCAGCAUGCACAAAAAGUUGCAUCGGCGAACCACCAGGUCUAAAUGACUGCAGAGUCCAAGAAACACUAGGGGAGUUGUCCGCGGUUAUUCAUCUCUGCGAGUGUUAA